CCCCCAACCCGAAAUUGUUGACGCUUCGCGAAUCCCACCAGCCGUAGCCUGACUCAAGGGCCCAGCCUGCGUCCCGGCGCACGCCCGGGCCAGGCCUCGCCAUGAGCUCGCCUACCGCGGCCCGGGUCCCAGCCGUGGAGCUCACCGGGGAGGCCGGCGCCCCUUCGGCCGUGCGGACCCCUGGGGCCUCGGCGGAGGACGCCGAGGACGCGUCGCCGGGCUCACCACACCGAAAGUCGGUCCUGCGCCACGCGACGUGCGAGAUGCUGGUGGAGCUCCGCGGGAUAGCGCUGCAGAGCUGCCUGAACGGCGGUGGCCAGAUCUGGGACAGCUCCGCCGGGGAUCUGAGAUACCGCGGGCGCGCGAAAGUUUGUCGCCGCCUCGACUACUUUGUCUCCCACGACUGGGGCACCAGCCGCUGGGUGAAGCUGCUGACCCUCGCCGUCGACUUCAACGGCACACCGGCGUUCUGCACGAGCCUCGCCGUGAGCGUGGUGGUGUUUGCGCUGCAGGUGCAGGGCGUGCUGGUGCAGCGGAUGCCGCCGCAGGUGCGCACCACGGCGGGUGUGGAGUUCGAGGAGGCCAGCGGGGUCUGGUGCUUCCCCGCCGGCUGCUGCACCUUCUUCUUCGUCCUCCUCUACUGGCAGGUCUUCCGGGAGCGUGUCCUGUCGCCGAUCUGCGUCUUCGUCGACAAGGCGUGCAUCAACCAGGUGGACCCCGAGGAGAAGAGGCGCGGGGUGUACUCGAUAGGCGGCUUCCUCCAGAAGUCGGACCGGCUGCUCAUGCUGUGUACGUCCAGGUAUUUCUCGCGCAUGUGGUGCGCUUUCGAGGUAGCCGCGUGGCUGCAGUACAAGGACGUUGGCUCGAUCAUCUUCCUACCGCCUAGCGAGACGUUGUUCACGAGCGUCUUCUUCUCCAUUGUGCUGCUCACCCACGCCGGCGUCUACGUUGGCACCCAGUUCCCUGGUGUGCCGGUCGUCCCCUGUGCGCUGGUCGUUCUCUUCGUCUUUCCUCUCCCCCUCGUCCACUCGGCGAGGCUAGCGAUGCGGGCUCUCAUGUCGAUGCCCGAGGAGCUGCGAGUGCACGACGUGACCCAGACUCAGUGCUUCUGCUGCUCGCACCAGCACGUCGACCCAACAACACGGGCUGCGCUCAUCUGCGACCGCGAGCUUGUCUACGACGCGAUCGACUUCUGGUACGGGGGCGGCAGGCCGCGCCGCUCGUACCAGGAGGCGGUCGCGGAGACGAGCGGGCCAUCGCCCGAUGUGUCCGUAGCGACGGGCCGCGUCGGCACGGCGCGCUUCAACGAAGAUGUCCAGACCAAGCUCUCACACGCGCUCGAGAUCAUGGUCGCCAAGCCAGCGAGCUACACCUCGUGCCUCCUGGCCGCCGCACCCUCGCUGUGGCGUUACCUCGACCAGGUUACCGCCAUUGUCGUGGACGGCCCGCACGACCCCUACCUAAUUCUCAAGCGCUCGGUGCGGAUCGUCAUCGUCAGCUUUCUCCUCUGGCCGCUCAUGCGAGCCAGCGUGGCGGCGGGUGCGAGGCGCUUCUGGCGGCGCGGCGCCAGCCGUUGCGGCGAGCUCGGGCGCACGGUCGUGGCAUUCGGGAUUGGUUACCUUCCGCUCGUGGUGAGCUAUGUGUUCGCCGUCACCGUCGCCGAGCCUAACGAAGGCAUGGUCUUCGAGGCUGUGCUAAUCUUUCUCUUGGCCGUCCGGCUCGCCUUCCUGGUGCGCCCCCGCGGUUUCGUGUGUAGGCUCUGCCCGGGGCCGGGCGCGACAUGACGGUGCGACGGCCUCGUCACGGGGCCGGAAGAAGAUUGUCUUCUUGCGCAGAGCGCAACCGUGCCUUUCUGAAAUGCUGCUUUAUUCGUAUGAAUUAACUUUUAGCGUGUCGUGAAGCCGAACGGGCACGCGCUGAGGCUGUGGAUGUUGACGCCAAGCACGGACUGCGAGGGAAUAUCCGCGCGGGUCGCAGUUUGAGCCUUGACGCCUGCAUGCCGAGGGUGCGGUGCUUGUGGUGAGAAACCAGAAGAAAGUGUGAAAGAAAAAAAA